AGCAUAAGAAGUCUGCGAGGAGAGAAGUCCGCCAGUCUAUUCUGGAGUGUGGACAUUUGGAUUCAGCAAUGGCGUUAAUUAUGAAUGCCUGUACCUUGUUUUUUAAAAUAUUAGUGUUACCCCUAGAUCUAAUUCACUUUUUAGGCAUAUACAGCUUAUAUAAACGUGUAUUCCCCGUCAUGAUGAACAUACUAUCCAAAAGCUAUAACAAAAAAUUGCAUGAGAAAAAGAAGGAGCUUUUUAGCAGUUUAUCGGAGUUUGCACGUCCAGAUGGCUCUCUGACGAUUCUGGAAAUAGGAUGCGGGACUGGGACAAACUUUAAAUUCUACCCCUCCGGCAGCAAAGUCAUAUGUACCGACCCUAACCCACAUUUCCAGCGCUACUUGCAGGAAGCCGUCGACGCAAGUGAUCAGCUUGAAUUUGAGAAGUUCGUGGUUUCCUCGGCCGAGGAUCUGACAGCAAUCAGCAACAGCUCAGUGGACGCAGUGGUGUCCACGCUGGUACUGUGCUCGGUGAACGACACUAAACAAGUCCUGGAUGAGGCGCACCGCAUACUUAGACCCGGUGGUGCUCUGUUCUUCUUGGAACAUGUGGUAUCUGAUCCCGCCAGCUGGACCUACUUCUUCCAGCAUGUUCUGCAGCCCCUGUGGUUCUACUUUGGCGAUGGCUGUGUGAUGACUCGGCCGACCUGGAAGCCCCUGGAAGCGUCCAAAUUUUCAGACCUGAAACUGAGACACAUUGACGCGCCUGUUAUGUACUUGAUCAGACCGCACAUUUUGGGUUACGCUGUCAAAUAAAAGUAUAGAUUAAAACCACGGUUUUAACCUUAGGCAACUGUGGAAUAGACUAAUCCCUAAACAAAUGAAGCGGUUUGUCACUAUGACACCAUAAUGCUAUUUUCUAACCGUAUAAAUGAUUGAACUUUAAUGACUUAAUGAUUAUUUGUACUCAUGAAAUUCAUACAACAGCCUUUUUAAUUUUGAGCUUCUAACUAGUGUCAAAUGCGAAUUGUUUUUUUAAAUUUAUUUUUAAAAAAUUAUUUUACCGCAAGUACUAUUCAGAUGUGAUGCUGUCAGAUUUUUAGAACUUACUUCCUGUGGGCAAUAUGCCAUGGAGCUGCAGCCAAAGGCGGCCUGUAGCAUAGUACAUGACUGGGGCACGCCAGGUCGGUGGUUCGAUCCCCAGUGUAGCCACAAUAAGAUCCGUACACCUGUUGCACCCUUGAGCCAGGCCCUUAACCCUGCAUUGCUCCAGGAGAGCUUAGUCUAAUCAACUGUAUGUUGCUCUGGAUAAGAGCAUCUGCCAAAUGCCAUUAAUGUAAUGUAAUCGGAGGACAGAGGAAUGGAGGAAGUAUGUAUUAUGCCUGGAAUGUCCUGCAUUAGUUUGAAGCUGUGGCAGAUGGAGAGGUGGAUCUACAGGGCGUUUGUCUCGUAUGGUCAGAAAAUACACUUGCAAUUGUGUUUCCUUUCCCAGUCAUCCUGCAGCAGCCUCCUACAUUGCAGUCCGUUAGUAUUUGGAUUUUUUGUUUUUUUGCUCAAUAGCAAGCAAAUGGUUGAAAUAAAAUGAUCACUAUGUGACUAAACUGCACACCUUUAAUUUUCAUUUGAUAUAACAAUUGUAGCCUUUGCCAUACAUAGACAAAAAAAUGUGUCACUGUUGUAAUGGUAAUUUUCUUAACUGACAAUGUUUGUUAACAUAAAGACAAUCACGUGAUUAAAAAGAACCAUUUAUUUUUAAUCCUUAUUACUAUUAGACCACUUUCUGAAUUAAGUGCGUACUAGGAGUCUUUCUCUGUCUCUCUCCCAGCCUUUGACCUUAAUGUCUCUGCUUCUCCUAGAAGAGGGUAGCUAGCACAUUCUGGUCUUACAGCAAGGGCAAGGUUGGAAUUUAUCUGGAGACUAAAUAAUAAUCCUAGGUUGUCAGCAUCAUGUCUUCCUUGUUUUUGUCUCCAUCCUUGUGGAAAAGUGUGUCUAAGAGUUACUAUGUCUGAUUAAAUUCAGAGAGCUGGUAAGCUCUCACUUUCUGUUCUUUCUUUGCAAAUAAAUACUUAAGUUAAACUCAAGUAUAGCUAUCGUUGAUUUACGGGGAUCUGUUUCAUCAGACGAUGCUCACCUGUGAAAUGUUAAAAAAGUGUUUCCCUAACACUGUUCAAAUGCUUAUGGUAGAUCCUUGCUUCUCGCUCCUCCAAGAAACAUUUAACGGGUUGGGAUGUCCUUAGAGACCGAGCCUGGGCCAUGUGCGAAUCGGCAGACUUGCACACUACGGAGUAUAAAUGGUGUACGCACUUUGUGUACACAAUAUUAGGUGAGAGUGCCAUUUCGGACACAAAAGGAUAGUGCAGUCAAUUGCAAAACCAAUCAAGUUUCAUGUUUGUGCACCUUAAAGGCCAUGUGAAAUUAAACCUCUGUUGAAGGGAGUAUAUUUGAAUUCUGUUUAACCGCUACAUUCUUAGGUGGCCUCCACUGUAAUUCUCCUGUCAGGGCUCUCAAGAAACUGGUAUAAUAAUAAAUCUCAAGUGCUCCAAACAAGGCUUCAAGGCCUCCCUUGCUCUGUGGGCGUCUCCCUACAGGAAGUUAGAAAUGUUGCUUGCAAGUGUAUGUGUGUUUUUCUUUCUUUCCCUCUCUCACAGGCCCUGUGGCUCCUUUGGCUGACUCCCAGCUCGUGUUAUCUACCAGAGUAAAUGCUUUAUCUGAAAUCCAGAAUCCAGAUUAAUUAUUUCUGAUUUAGAGCCUGUGUAUGUAAUGUUGAAGGUUAGGGGUCGAUGUGUGCUCAUCCAGUAUGCGUUCUAUGUGAUAGGACAUAACCAUUUACUGGGUUACAUUUUACAAUAUGCUUAUGCUUUAACCAUGUGCCAGAUGACGGAUUAAAUCUGUUACUUAGUCAAUUAUUAAUAAGCUAAGAGGCACAGUCUGGCCUCUCCAGUUGUACUGGACUUUUUCUGCAAAAAAUAAAUCCUCUUUCACUUGGA